AUGAAGAAAUUCAUGAAUAAUUGCAUUCACUCCUUCAUUACCUUCCUCUCAUUAGCAUACAUGUACAUCAUCCAGACCUCAGUCGAUAUUUUCUUAUGUAAGGGACAAAACGAUGGAACCAAGAACUUGGAACAAGCACCUCACAUUACAUGUUUUGAAGGAAGUUGGUGGAUCAUGUUCCCAUUCUCAGUGAUUUACUUUUUAUUGUUUGGAUUGGGAGCUGCUGUAUUUUUCAUUUACAGUGGUAUUCGUUAUCGAGCAGUGAAAUUGUCAGGUGAUAAUGAUUUUAUUCAGAGAUUUAAAUUCCUCUUCACCAAAUUUAAGCCACGUUAUUUCUAUUAUGAGAGUAUUAUUACAGUGAGAAAAUUGGUCUUUUCCGUGCUCUAUGUCUUUUUAGCUCCACUUCAAGUGAUUGCUUUAGGAUUUAUUUUGAUUUUCAUUUCAUUUGUGAUUCACAUGCAGUUAGUUCCAUAUUCGAAAAAGAUGCAUAAUUUGAUUGAGUAUGUGACAUUGGUCGCUACACUAUUUACCUUAUUUUUGGGAGUUGUCUUUUUCUAUGAUGUUUCAAUGUUGGUUUUGGCAGUGUUAUGGGAUAUUCGAACAAGAAAGAAGAAGGAAGAAAAGAAGAUUAAGGAAAAGUUAGAAGAAAUUAAGAACUCAAUUGCAACGAAUGGUGGUACUGACUCCAAAGUGAGUGAACAAAUGAUGGAAACUGUCGUCUUUGGUUUGGAUGUAGAUGAAUUGGAUGAUGAUCAGAACACGACAGAUUUAACAUCGUCAACAACCAACAAAAAAGAAACCAUCAAUGACGUAUUUUCGAAUCUAUUUUCACUGGAACGAAGAAAGAAGAAAGCCAAGAAAAUCAAAGAUACAGGAACCAAAUUCAAGAACAAGUUAAAAACAAAGACCACAAGUGCUUCUAAUGGUGGUGGAGAAGAUUUCUCGUCGACCAAUGCAGACUUAAUGAUCGAAAUGGACGUGACUUCAUCGUCAACAAUGUCAGUGGAAAAUAACACCAAAGCUGAAGUUACACCAAAUUUAUUCCAAUAA